GUUAUGAGAUGAGUAACAGUGGAGCUGUCCUCAAAAUCUCAAAAUCAUCUCAGAUCAUAUUGUAGGAUAUGUGUUGGAAAAGGAAAACUGUCCCUGAAUCAGAUUGAACAUUAAGCAUCUCCUUUCAUCUGACCUCAAGUACUGUUACUGUUGGAGAUUGACCUCUAAACUAAAAUAAUAACAAAACUUUGAACUGGUUAUCCUGACCCCAAUUUAUAUCGAGUUCCUGAGUAAAAUUGUCGUGGUAGCUAUAUCAGGAUUGCAUGCUUACGGUCUGAAAUGGAGUCUAAUGAGUCUUUGGUUCCUGGUCUUUCUCUAAGACACAAGUCUCUGCAUAGAUCUAAUUCAUUACAACCUGAGGUCAUCCAUCAAAAUUCAUCUGCCUAUUCAUCUAGACACAAAUGCAAAAACCCUGGCCGAAGCUUAACAGAAAUCUAUACUGCUAAAACAAAAGGCAGAGCUAGUUCCAGUGAUCCAGCUUUUUCUCUUAGACGUAGAACCUUGACCACCGUAGCUCCUUUAUUGCGAUCUUCAAGUUCCAGGGAAGACAAAGAAAAGUUUCUUAAUAGAAGUUUCUCUGAAAUGUCUUGGUCUUCAUACUAUGAUGAUAGUUCUGUUUGCAGUUAUGACAAUAGGAAAGAUACAAAAGAAAAGGAAGAUGCGUAUUCAUUGAAGGAUAGCGAGUCACUGGUGUCAAACCAGACAAGUGAGACUUUGGUCUCCUCAUCAGGAACAGUGGAAGAAUGUGAAAUUAAAGUUGAAGAAGCAAAUAGAAAGUCUUCAUUUUUAUGGAUAAUCCUCAAGAAUUGUUUGAAAUUGUUUUUCUGGGUAAUUGUGGUAAUUUUAACUGUGAUAUUAAUUGUUUUGUUAUUCUCUGUAUAUUUUACAUAUGUUAAAACUCAGUGUGACAUAAAAAGAAAAGUAAUGUUGCCUCUUGAAGAGCUUGAUAGAUACUUAAGUGAGUCUGUAAUUGGACAAGAAAUUGCUACUAAUGUAAUUCUUAGCUCAUUACAAGACUUUGAAAAUAAUAAAGUGAAUUCUCCUUUGGUCAUGUGGAUGGUUGGUUGGACAGGAAGUGGGAAGACAUUUUCUACAAAUAUCCUCAAGAAAGUCCUUUCCUCUGCAUCUCAGAUUUUCACUGUCAUACCAUCACUUUAUCCACAGAAUGAUGUCAGUGAACUGAAGCUUAAAGUGAAAGGACUAUAUGAUGAACUUCACCCAUGUUCUUUCAAUGUCAUAGUGAUAGACGGUUGGGAUGAAAACAACCUGCCUUUUGAAAUUCUAGAACAACUUCUCUCUCAUUUCAGAGUGGGUGUUUAUCAGCAAAAGGAGAUAGGAAAGACCCUAAUUGUUCUCAGUGGUACUCAAGGAAGCCAAAACAUAAACAAGGAGUAUCUAAGGUUACGUCGUGAUGGAAGAAAGAGAGAAAGUUUACGGGUUGAUGACUUUAAAACUGUAACAGAAAGGGAAACUCAGGGCAGGAAGAUGCUUGAAGUACUUAAAUCCUAUGCUUUUGUACCCUUUUUGCCAAUGGAGGCUGAGCAAAUUCAAAAGUGUGUUACAGAGGAGUUGUCCAAGAUGAAUAAAUCGGGUCUCUUGCCUGAAGAUUAUAAUUACAAGAAGAUUAUAGAACUUGUGAUUGGCCAGUUGGAUUUCAUCCCAGCCUCUUAUCCUCUUCUGGCAGUCACUGGGUGUAAAAGAGUCCAGGCAUUACUCCAAAUUUCAUUCUUAGGGGAUGCUAGUGUGGCUGUCUGAUGUUUGAUUUUUAUUUAAGACUAUACUAUAUACUAUACAUUUCAUGGCAAUUAAUUCUUACAUGAAAAAUUAUCAUUAACUUGAAAUUCUCUGCUCAUAUUCAGGACAGUUUUAAAUAAUGAGUAUAUAUUAUCAUCAUACAAGUGUUUAGACUUCAUAAUUGGAGUAUAUUUUUAAGACUUUCUUUUAAACAGUAAAUUAUAUAUUAUGUACAGCACUUUGUAAAAAUUGAAAGUACUGAUAAACUGUGAUUGAAGUAAUGUAAGAUGAAUAUUUUUAUAUUUAAUAUAUAUAUAUCUUUUUAUUGAUAAUUUACUAUCUUUUCCUUUGUAUAUUGUUGAGCUUUAAAGACUUUGUGUUGAAGCUUUACAAUGGUGGUUUUACAGGCUCAAUAAUACUUUUAGUGUUUCUUGAGAGUAAAAUUUCAAAUUAUAAAUGGUCUAAUUAUAAUGCUCAUGACAGAA